GGUUAGCAGCGUCGCUGGAGCUUUUGCUUGUUUUCGAGUUAAUUUAGUUCUCGUGCACGAAAACAAUUAUUUGCUUCGUGGCGAUCAGUUUUAUUACAAAUCUUUGUAAUAUAAUAAUGUGUAUCUCUACAUUCCAAAUCAAUUAUUCGCAUUUAUUGUAUGUUUUAUCCUGGGAGUGAAUUAUGGUGAUGUGUGAAAUAGUGAACAGGUGAUUUCAAACCAUCCAUAUGUUUCUGUUUUUACGGCAUGCUCUUAUAUCGAAAGGUGUAAAUUACACUGUAGAGCGGAAUACACAUUCUCCCUUUUAAAUGAGAGGUAAACGAGGACCAUUCACUGUGCAGAUGAUCAAAAAUGUCAACAGAAGGAAGUGGAGAAACUCCUUCGACCGUGCCAAGCUUGCCCGGUGCGCCGGAGCAGACGUACUUGUUUCCGAAGGCGAAGGGGCACUCGAGGUCUAUCAGCCAUGGCGGGAUGCCAAUGCUUGCUGGGAACCCUCCAGCGGCAGCGCGGCCGCUCAAGUCGGCGCUGCGCGGGCACCAGCGCGCGCUAUCGCAUGGCCAGAUCGGCGAGGGCGGGAGGCCAGCGUCCGGCAGCGGCCACAGCCGCACCGGUAGCCGCACCGACUUCAUCCUGCCGCCGGAGCACCGCGAGCCGUCGGCGGUGCCCAUGCGGGGUCCAUCGGUGCGUGUCCACCAGCACAGCAGACAGGCCUCACGCUCGGACUCCAUAUACACGUUGCGUCGCAACUCCGUCAUCAGUCCAUGGCGCCGCACCCUGCUGCGUCUCAUGCGCCGUCAGCCAAUCACCGUCGACAACAGGCACUACAGUGUUAUCCCCAACCACUUAGUGCCCGAGAAGACCCCCCCUAAAGACCAUCCGAAUGGGAACAGAUGUGGCAACAAAGUGAGGACUACUAAGUACACUUUCCUAUCAUUCUUCCCUAAGAACCUGUUUGAACAGUUCCAUAGGAUUGCCAAUGUGUACUUCAUUUUCAUAGUGCUUUUGAACUUUGUACCGCAAUUGAGUGCAUUUGGCAAGGAGGUAGCCAUGGUGCCCGUGCUGUUUGUGCUCACUGUCACAGCAAUCAAGGACCUGUUUGAAGAUCGCCGGAGACAUCUCUCAGACAAACGAAUCAACAAUUCAUUUUGCAGAAUUUAUCAAGUUUCAACUGAACGUUACGUCCAAAUCAAAUGGCGGGACGUGAGGGUCGGGGACUUGGUGCACCUGUCCAACAACGAGGCGGUGCCAGCAGACAUGGUACUGCUGCACUGCUCCAAUCCGACGGGCAUAUGCUAUCUGGAUACGUGCAACCUGGAUGGGGAGACUAAUUUAAAGCAACGUAUUGUUGCUCCUGGUUUUAGGGAGAAGCAUUUAGACUAUAAUCCAAUAAAAUUCCGAAGUACGAUAGAAGUAGAACGACCCUCCACGAAAAUAUACAGAUUCAACGGCACGAUGGCACAUCCUAAUGGGGAGCGGGUAUCUCUCAAUUCAGAGCAUUUGUUAUUGAGGGAUUGCACAGUCAAAAAUACUGACUUUGUUGAAGGCAUAGUUGUAUACGCGGGGCACGAGACGAAGGCUAUGCUGAAUAAUGGCGGUCCGAGGUACAAAGCUUCCAAAUUAGAAAGGAGAAUGAAUACAGAUGUUAUAUGGUGCGUCCUCGUUCUGCUUUUUCUGUGUUGCGCCGGUGCCAUCGGCUGCAAAGUGUGGAUGGACCAGUACAACCUUCACAAUCUUCCACCGUUUAUACCUCAAGCCUAUUCAUCUGCUAAGGAGGGGCUCUUAAUAUUUUGGACGUACAUCAUAAUUCUACAAGUUAUGAUACCGGUCUCCUUAUACGUUACUAUAGAAAUGACCAAAUUGCUGCAAGUUUAUCAUAUUCACAACGACAUCGAAAUGUACGAUCCAAUCACUAACUCGAGGACUGAAUGUCGAGCAUUAAAUAUAACAGAAGAAUUAGGCCAAAUCAAUUAUCUGUUUACGGAUAAAACGGGCACGUUGACGGAAAACAAAAUGGUGUUCAGACGGUGCGCCGUAGGCGGCGUGGACUACGAUCAUCCGCCGGGCCCUCCUGCGAUACCCUCGGAUCUACUGCCUCCCAUUGUCACUCCCAUAACACAAGUGUCACCCAAUCGAAGAAUGUUGCAACACAUGCUCGACAACAACGACGCUCAACACACACAAAAGGUCCGCGAGUUCCUGUUAAUCUUAGCAGUAUGCAACACGGUGAUGGUGAGCCAGCCCCACGUGGACAAGUUGCAAGUAUCCGGCUCGGGGGUAGACAAACGCCUGACUCCCGCCCGCUCCAACGGCACUCUGAGAUCUAAUGAUAAGUACUCGAGACUAGCGGAGUCUCGAUCAACAACUCCGUCCCCGCCGCCGUUGACGACGUCCCACCUCAAAGUCCGUCUGCCUAAGUUUCCGUUUGCGAUUAAAGAUACACAGGACGUAAUCGAUGCCGGAAAUAGCGAGGGAGUUCAGAUCGCACGAUUCGAAGCUGAAAGCCCCGACGAUUUAGCGCUGGCCGAAGCGGCGUUGGCGUACAGUUACGAGCUACGAAGUCGGACGCCCGAUGAAGUUGAACUGGGAAUACGCGGGGAGCUAACAAAGCUAAAGGUGUUGAGAGUACAGGAGUUCGACACUUCUAGGAAAUGCAUGUCUAUUGCAAUACGGGCACCUAAUGGACAGGUGAUCUUGUAUGUGAAAGGAGCGGACAGUACAGUCUUCGGUGCUUUGGCAACGAUGCGAACAAACUCGGCCGAACAGGCCGCCUACGAAAGAACCCGCGCGCUCUUAUCAGAGUAUUCCCGCGCGGGUUUGCGUACACUGGUUAUGGCAAAGCGGACGAUGCAGCCCGCGCAAUGGGAAGAGUGGCUGGCCGGCCACAAUAAGGCCUCGGAAAUUGGUGAAGGUCGCGAAAGAAGAGUACGCGAGUCGCUAGCCCGUUUGGAAAGCGCGUUAACAUUGGUCGGAGCAACAGGCGUCGAAGAUCGACUGCAAGAGGAUGUUCCACGAACUAUAAGGGCAUUAUUAGACGCUGGUAUCAUCGUGUGGGUGUUAACUGGGGAUAAGCCUGAGACCGCAAUCAACAUCGCUUAUUCCGCCGCUCUCUUCUCGCAGGGCGAUCGGUUGCUGUAUUUAAUGUCUAAAGACAAGGACCACUGCGAGUCGACGAUAAAGUCGUACUUGGAAAGCGGCGACGCGUCCGAGAACCUGACCGGGGGGCGGGCGCUGGUCGUGGACGGACGCACGCUCACGUACAUCCUAGACCGGCGCUCGGGGCUGGUGGCGCCCUUCCUGUCUUUGGCCAGACGGUGCUCCGCCGUGCUGUGCUGCCGCGCCACGCCGCUGCAGAAGGCUUACAUUGUCAAGGCCGUCAAAGAAGAGCUUAGAGUAACGACAUUGGCGAUGGGGGAUGGUGCCAACGAUGUGUCCAUGAUCCAAACUGCGGACGUUGGCGUAGGGUUAUCAGGGCAAGAAGGCAGACAAGCCGUGAUGGCUUCGGACUUCGCACUGUCGCGGUUCAAAUACAUCGAACGGUUACUACUUGUGCACGGCCAUUGGUCUUACGACAGGCUGGCCAGGAUGAUCCUUUACUUCUUCCUUAAAAAUGCCACGUUUGUUUUCCUCGUUUUCUGGUACCAGCUGUACUGCGGCUUCGCGACGACCGUAAUGUUCGACCAGAUGCACUGGAUGCUCUAUAAUCUCAUGUUCACCGCGUUUCCGCCACUUGUCAUUGGCGUAUACGACCGUUGCGCGCCCGCUGCUCUGCUGACGGAGCGGCCGGGCCUGUACAGUGCCUCACGGCGCGGCCUCACGUACCAGAACUAUUCAUACUGGGCCGUAUUAGCCGAAUCGUUAUACAUCAGCGUAGUGAUCUACUUCGUGAACGCGUGCACAUUUUGGGACACCGACAUUGACAUGUAUGCUUUCGGCAUUUAUAACAUGACGUGCUGCCUCAUUAUUAUGCUGUUGUUCGUUGCUGUCGAGACUAGAAGUUGGACGGUAAUCCACAUGAUCGCUUUGGCGGGGUCCCUAAUGGCGUACUUUACGAUGACGAUACUGUGGCAGUCGCUGUGCAUCCACUGCUGGAACCUGCCAUCCACCUACUACGUCAUCUUUCAUGUCGCGGCUAACCCUUUCUACUGGCUCAUCGUAACGCUAACCGCCGUCACUGCCCUUGUGCCCAGGAUGGCUAUGCACGCAAUCCGCAACUCGAUACGGCCGUCUGCGCUGAGGCGCGCCGUAAUGACGCGCCGUCGUUCGCCGCGCCGCCUGCCGUAUGCCGCACACUACCACACCACCACCUCCUCUGCGCACGUCUAUCGAUCGACUGACGAAGACGGACUUGCGAAGCAAACUUCCGACGUAACAGCGAUAACGUGACAGUGACAACGUGUCGCGGUUCUCUUCUCAUUGGUGCUUGCAUAGUGGCCGAUGGGACGUAGCCUCGAGUUCAUAUCUUCAUGAAACUCUUAACAAUUAACGUCAUGUUAUACAUGCCUGUAUUCUUCGAAAAUAGAGAAUAUAUGUUAUAACGAAGGACUUAUGAAAAUCGGUUAUUUAGAAGCCGAACAAAAUGUGAUUUCGAAUAUCAGUUGAAUAUUAUAUCAAAUAUAUGAAGACUAGAAGUAAUAGUACGUUAGAACCGUGUAGUAUUGUGUUUAUAUCUAUAAAUGAUAACUGAAAUAAAACUAAGUUUCCACGGCUACGUCCCAAUGAAUCGGUCACAGGCCGAUUACCUCGAACCAUUUAAUUUAAACUUAGGCUGUGAUCUGUCAUUAGAACUGUAUUAUAGUGUAGUAAUAAUGUGCUUUUGUACGGAAAAGCGGGACCAAGCGUCAAGCGCAAGUUGAAGGAGGCGUCAGCGCGUGCUGGGCUGGCCGAAUCAAUUCUGUAUUAUAAUUUCAUGUAUUAAGAAUCGGGACUGUUAAAGAGAUAAGAACUAAACUGAAUAAUAUAACAGUAUGUCGCGUGUUUUAUUAAUGCUAAGUCUGGUUUCAAAACCACACGGGUAAUAAUCGUCUAAGGGCGCCUUUAUAUUAGACGCUUAUAAAAGCGGUACAGUGGUGCUCUUGUGGCGCAGCUGCAGCGCAGACUAGAUAUUAAAUGAAAACUAUUCGCUUAUACAAGCGUCUAAUUUGAAGGUGGCCUAGUAAGUUAUACAACGGCAAACGUGGGCUUAUAAGAUUUCUCCACAGACGUCGUUCUUUUAUACGCAUGAAGCAAUAAAAGUCAGUAUUCGAUUACAGUAAGUUUUGACAGCUCCAUACAUAAAAAAGAACGCGUCGUUUGCGCAGCGUUUUAGCGUGAUUAUAAUUUACAUACAUAGUUGUACCUAUAGUAUAUUUAUUUAUCUGAAAUCAGCCUUAAUAUUAUUUUACAAAGUAGCGAUGUUCUUUUUCAAUUAGUAUGUAUAGAAAAGGAUAGUAGAAUCUUAAAAUC